AUGGUCGGCUGGCAGCAAGAGGACCAGACGACGCAGGCGGAGCAAGCGAAGCAGGGUAAAUCGUCUCGCUCUGAACUCUUCUCUUUGUUCAGAAUUUUCCGACUUCCGGAGCCUUUGUUCUCGUAUCAGAAGUCAGGCACUGGAGGCUCCGAAAUUUGCGAAGUCAAGGGUGCCGGCAGGAGCUCUAGCGGGCAGGGGGACAGCAGAGGGACGGCAGCGGAAGCAGCGGCAGCGCAAUGGCUGAAGGAGCACCGCAGCAGCAUCAAGACUGCCCGAAAGUCUCGCGACAACCUGUCGAGGGACACGCCGAAGAGGUAUGUCCCCUCGGACGUGACGUGGAAUGCUCUCCCAAAACCUGUUGGCUUCCAAUUAAUUGAGGCCCACGGCCCGGACGCUGAGGUACCCGAGCUUGCCCAUGGGCUCUCGAAGAUUAUCAGCACCAAGACCGAGACUCCCGUGCCGCUCUCGAGCAAGUUCCGUGGGGCCCACUUUGACAGCUUCCUCAAGAAGAUCGCGCAGCCAGAUGAGAUAAAUUGGGCCGGGAUCCCUCCUUUCAUCCCUCCGUCUCAAGAUGCCAAGCUCAACAAACUCGCUGCCGAACACGGAGCAUCAUUUCAGGCCUCUACCAGCUCGAUCUCGGGGUUGUACUCGCACGCGUACAUGCUGCUCUCCAACUGGAAGCCGGUGGACAUUUCCAAAUUUUCUUCUGCCUUUCGAAACAUGCCCAAUCAGUUCACAUCCACGAUCAGGUUGAAACCUGCCGUAGUCCAUCUGAUCCCGCACAACGGAAUAAUGUGCAUCAAUGCUGAGAACGAGAAAGAACAGAGGAACAAGAUCUUGAUGGACUUGGGGAAGGCGAUGGAGAGAAUGCUGACCAUGGACAAGAAAACCUUCAACUCGCUGAUGUUGAAACCGCUGGGAAGCGACGAAAUGCCUGAAUUCCCAGAGGAGCUCUUGCUCGGAGCGUACAAUUUCUCUAUCAGCAACGGCAUUAUGUUACGCUCGCAGUUGGACUGUGUUCUGGGAAAGAACAAGAUCUUCGAUCUCAAGACAAGGGCCACUCACGCUAUCCGCAAUUGCUACAAUAUACUCCCUGACAUCCCCUCUGAGGAAUGCCACCUUCACUUCACUGACUAUCGCAUCACCCAACAAUACGGCCUGUGGCACUCGUUUGAACGAGAGUUGUAUGACAUGCUCCGAUCUGCCUUCUUGAAGUACUCGUGCCAGCUCAGAAUCGGUGCGAUGGAUGGUGCAUUUGUAACAUAUCACAACACUCAGGAAAUUUUUGGGUUCCAAUAUAUCACGCUGGAUUAUAUGGACACUCUGCUCUACGGGUCACCGCAGAUGGGUAGAUUCUUCUUCGAUGAGUCUAUGAAGAUCGUUUCGCAUAUCCUGCAUGAAGUGAUACAGAGAUACGGGCAAGAGCAUCCAUUGCGCAUCAGCAUGCAGGCUUGCAAGCAGAGUCGCAGGAUGAUAAUCCAUGUGUCUCGUAUCACAAAGUACGAGGUCACUCCUCCGGUAACCGUAGGGGCUGAUCCGACACUGAAAAUUGAGACAGGACAGCAAGAGGAAUUUCAUCUCUUCGUGAAAUCGUACCUGAAUGACAAAGAGAACAAGCGGAAGUGGAACUUUGGCUCAAAGGACCAAUUGACGGUAAAAUACGCGUUUCUGAAAGACAGCGAGUGCUCGUUAGAACCCACCUCGCAAGAACAGAUUGAUGAAGUGGAAGAAGAAGGCGUAAAGAUGAAACCAAGGCCAGCGGAUGGAGCCGUCCAGGGCAAGGCAGCCAACAACGGCAAGGUGACGACCGGAGUUCAGCCCUCUUCCGGUCCAAAGAAUUUCGAGCAAGCAAGUAAAGGCAAGGAGGUCAAGAGUCAGCAAGCAUUGGAACAGGACCGGAAGUUGCUGCUGAACCUCAAGGGCCUCGUGAAUGUGCAACCUGUGGACUUGGAAAAGAAAGCAGAACCGACGAAUGUCGUGAUGAACGAGAAUGUCGAGCAACAAGCGAGUAACCUGAGUGACAAGGGCAACUCGCGGGGAGCAGCCAAGCAGAGGAUCUCUCAGGCGGCAGGGAAGCAGACUAAUUUGAAAGAAGGAGACCAGCAGACUAUCUCUCAGCGAGGUCGGAGGCGUGUCAACUCUCAAGGAAAUGCAGCAAUAACUGGCAAUCAUGGAAGAGACAAUCGGGGGAGCUAUACUGCCAAGAACUCAGUGCAGGGAAGGAAACCUGUAACACAUCAACAGAUGCAAGGCGGACAAAGAUCUUCUUGA